CCAAGAAAGCACUACUUACUACUCAGUCUUCCCUGGUUGCUAUACCUCACCUGGCCAGCAGGGGGAGAGGAAGUCUUCAUAGGGCAACCUGGGAGCAGCUCUUCCAUCACUGCUUUGCACUUACUUGGUCGUUAGCUGCAGAAAGGACACUUGCAGAGCCGCAAGAAUAUGCUCACUUUUAAUUCGAAAGAGGUCUGCCAGCUCUUGCACAACAAAUUUGUGGUCAUCUUAGGCGACUCGAUCCAGAGGUCUGUCUACAAGGAUCUCAUUCGGUUGCUGCAGACGGACUCGUUGCUCACCAGUUCCCAAAUGAAGGCGAAGGGGGAACCCAGCUUCGAAAAUGACCACUUAAUUGAAGGCGGGGUGCUGGACGGACUUCACAACGGGACAAAUUACCGGGAGGUACGGCAAUACCGGAGCCGCCACCAUCUUGUCCGCUUCUACUUCGUGACGCGGGUCUACUCAGCUUACCUCGAAAGCAUCCUGGCUGAUUUCGAAGCCGGGCUGCAGCCGGACAUAGUCAUCCUCAACUCUUGCGUCUGGGAUGUCUCAAGAUAUGGCCCAUCCUCCAUGAAGGAAUACCGCACAAACCUGGAGGUGGCUUUCAACAGGUUGGAUGCCGUUUUGCCCUCCUCUUGCUUGGUCAUCUGGAACAUGACCAUGCCUCUGGGUCCAAAGGUCAGCGGGGGAUUCCUCAUACCAGAGCUCCAGCACUUGACCAAGACCCUGCGCAAUGACAUCAUUGAGGGCAACUUCUACGGUGCAACACUUGCCGGCUUCCACCUCUUUGAUGUGGUGGACCUCCACUACCACUUCCGUUUCGACCUGGGCAACCGGGUGAAGGACGGCGUCCACUGGAACAACGUGGUGCAUCGCAGGAUCACCAAUCUGCUCUUGUCCCAUGUGGCAAACGCCUGGGGUGUCUUUAUCAUGGAGAAGAAACUUCAGGAAGGUCCGGUGUGGGAUGAGAACCCAACCAUGUCCUUCAACCCCCAACCACCUGCGCGGCUGCCACAACCGCCUGGCCCUUCCUGGAGAUUUCCAGAGCAUUGCAACAUCCACAGGCCUAAUCCCCCUUCCGUAUUCCAUGAUGAUUCCCUUUUCAUCCCUGCCGACAGGGGAUUACCCACACCUUUCUCUGGAUUCACCAGCUUUGAGGACUCCCACCUUCCACCAUUCCACCUGGACGCUAUGGCACUGGACCGCUUCUGCCAUCUCGAAAGGGUCGAUCCCAGCAUCUUCUCAGCUUACCCCUCCUACAAUGAAGAAAACAUCCCUCCUGGGCCCAGCCGCCGAAAGAGGAGAGCACAUGGUGCUGUUGACCACCACCAUCGUCUUGUCAUGCGGCGGCGGUCCUUCUCCAUGAGGGACCAUACGCCUUACAUGAGGGGUCGCGAAGCCUUCUGCGAGCCCUACUGAAACUAGACUGGGCUUGGGUUUGGAAAAGUUACUGUGGGAGUGAGAUGGGGUGAGAGAUGGGGAGGACUGUACCAUGUGGGUUCAUGCCCUGGUGUCUCUGCUGUUUGCACCAAGGUUGUUUUGGUUCUUUGGGUCAGCAUGCAACUGAAAGGGAGCGUGUCCACCAUAGGCUUUGUUGCUGGUUUGUAGGGCUAGGAGGUAGCUUACUGGUGUCUUGUAGUUUGCAUUAAACCUUUAGUAUGUGACCAAAUGUUUCAAACAGGGGUGACCUCUGAGCUUUGGAAGCUCAGAACCUGUGAAGGAAAUGUCCUGACUAGUUAGGAAGUUUAUAGCACUAAAGGCCACUUUUGGGGACUUUCGAGGGAAAUACCUGUCAUCCUUUUGGAAUUGUAUUUGUGCCAAGAGUCUGUAUUUGUGCCAAGAGUUCUUCAUCACACCUGGCUGCCUUGUUGAAUGGCUGAGAAUGUGCGAUGGAUAUUUAGAUUCUGGUUUUUCUAUUUGAAAUUUCCUUCUUGGAAGCAAAGAAGCCCCACAGCACAAUGGGAGGUGGAUGACAGGUAGUUGUUCUUCAGGGCAGUUGUGAUCUACGCACUUGACCCAUUUAUGUUUUGUUAUCUGUUGGUACAUGCAUGACUCAGAUGUCUUCCAAGUUUAACGGAUCUGGCUGCAUUGGCGGUUUGUGUUUUUGAAGGUGUUUUAUCAUGGAGUCAAUGAAGGGUGAGCUUUCUUAGAACAUCCAUUUUAAAAGAGAAGCUAUUGAAAGCGCUGGUGAAGUGUUCUCCUAUAUAUUGGUUAGGUUUGCCGGAUUGAAAACCCAAGAGGGCUCUUUUGCCUCUAAGAGGCGUGCAGAGGAGGAGAUUUCAGCAGGUUUUGUUUGUCGCACCACCAGGUAACAAGCAACCUGUUGAAUAGCCAUCUUCUGCCCAAUCAUUACAGGUACAGGAGCUGUCUCUGGUUUCAACCUUGGCAGUUGGAGUUGUGGUCAUUUUAAGGCCAGUUUUUACAAAUUAAAGCCUAAUUUUGAGGAAUGGGGAAUUGCCUUACUUUUAUUAUUAUCUUACUUUAAAGUUCUUUUCCUUUUGUCUUUAGCUUUUUCACUUGGAGAAGCUUGGUGAAGCUUUUGUCUGAAAAGGCAUUACUGUAUUAAAAAAA